AUGGAUACUCGUAAUUGUAGCUGGAUGAAGACGCAGGUUAUUGGGAAAGAAGCAUUCGGGGAAGUGCACAUGGCAAUUCCUCGACCUCUCAACGCGGAUUAUUCAAAGUCGUUGGUUCCUAUAAUUGUAGUCAAGUCUGCUGAAUUCAAACACUUAUCGUCUCUCCAGAAAGAAGAAAGCAUCAUGUUCAUAUUGAACGAUUGCCCAGGGAUCGCCCGUUGCCAUGGAGAAGACAUAAGUGUUGAAGGCAACAAGAAGGUCUACAACCUUUUGUUGGAGUUCGCUUUUGGCAGUUCCCCCAGAAAUCUCAUGCAGAGAAGAAGCGAAGGGAAAUUGCCAGAGUCCGAUGUGAGGCGCUACACUAGGGUGAUCCUUAAGGCUCUAAGACACAUGCAUGAGAGGGGUUUCGCGUACUGUGACAUUAAGCCCGAGAACAUUCUUGUUUUUUUUGUCCAAAAAUAG